AUGGCUUCCCUACCUCAGGCGCCGCAAUUCGGCCUCUUCUCGUUGCCACCCAUUAAGAAUGAGCCUAUGCGCAACUACGAACCCAAGAGCGAUGACCGCGUCAAGCUCCAGAAAGCUGUCGACCAGAUGAUCGCCGCUGGUCCCUUUGAGGUUCCCGUCGUCAUCAAUGGCGAAAAGAUCAAGACUGGCAAGGUCGGCAAGCAGCCCAACCCUUCCAACCACUCUCACAUCCUCUGCAACUAUCACCAGGCUGACCAGUCGCUUGUCCAGAAGGCUAUCGAGGGCUCCCUCAAGGCCAAGGCCGCUUGGGAGAACAUGCCCUGGAACGACCGUGCUGCUAUCUUCCUCAAGGCAGCCGACCUCAUUGCCAGCAAGUACCGCUACAAGGUGCUCGCCGCUACCAUGCUUGGUCAGGGUAAGAAUGUCUGGCAGGCCGAGAUUGACGCUGCUGCCGAGCUUUGCGAUUUCUACCGUUUCAGCGCCAAGUACAUCCAGGAGCUCUACUCUUCCCAGCCCCCUGAGUGCUCUCCCAACACCUGGAACCGAACCGAGUACCGUCCUCUCGAGGGCUUCGUGCUUGCCGUCUCCCCCUUCAACUUCCUUGCCAUUGCUGCUGGUAACCUUAUCUGUGCCCCUGCCAUGACUGGUAACGUUGUUGUCUGGAAGCCCUCGCCCAUGUCCAUCUACUCCAACUACGUCGCUUACGAGAUCCUCAUGGAGGCUGGUCUUCCCGCUGGUGUCAUCCAGUUCCUUCCUGGUCCUGCUGAGGAGAUCGUUGGUGCCGCCAUCAACCACCGCGAGUUUGCUGGUCUCCACUUCACUGGUUCCACCCACGUCUUCCGUCACCUCUGGAAGCAGAUCGGUAACAACCUCGACAAGUACCGAGGCUACCCCCGCAUCGUCGGUGAGACCGGUGGUAAGAACUUCCACAUGGUCCACAAGUCCGCCAACGUCGGCGCUGCCGUCACCCAGUCCAUACGUGCCGCUUUCGAGUACCAAGGUCAGAAGUGCUCUGCUCUCUCGCGACUCUAUGUGCCCAAGUCGAUGUGGGAGGGUGAGUUCAAGCAGAAGUUGCUCGACCAGAUCGCUUCCAUCUCGGUUGGCCCUGUUGAGCAGUUCAAGCACUUCAUGGGCCCCGUCAUUGCCAAGCACUCGUUCGAGAAGAUCAUGGGUCUUAUCGAGGCUGCCAAGAAGGAGGGCGGUCAGGUCCUCUGCGGUGGUCAGGGUGACGAUUCGAAGGGUUGGUACGUUCAGCCCACCGUGAUCGAGACCAAGGACCCCAAGUCGGUCACCAUGGUCAACGAGAUCUUCGGCCCCGUCAUCACCGUCUACGUUUACCCCGACGACGAGUUCGAGCAGACUUGCGAGCUCAUCGACACCACUACCGAGUACGCUCUUACCGGUUCCAUCUUCUCCGCUGACCGAUACGCUCUUAUCCGUGCGAGCAACUUGCUCCGCAACGCUUCCGGUAUGAUGUACUUCAACGACAAGUGCACUGGUGCCGUCGUUGGUCAGCAGCCCUUCGGUGGUGCUCGUGCUUCGGGUACCAACGACAAGGCCGGUUCCAUCUCCAUCUUCUACCGAUUUGUUUCGGCCCGCACCAUCAAGGAGACCACCAUCGACCCUGACACCCACAUCUACCCCAGCAACCUCGAGUAA